AUGUUUAAAAUACCUUGUGAGGAAGAGCAUGUGCACAAUUAUCUAUUUGACAAUUAAAGUAGAGCAAUAUUAUUAUCCAAAAUGUAAUCAAAUAAACCAAUGAAAUUAACGAAAUUUUUAUAAUUCGAAUUCAAAGCUUAAGAGAAAAAACCUUAAUAAUAAAAAUAAGAAAACAUAAUUAAAAUGGCAAAAGCAGCAACUAAAGGAAACAAAGGAGCAAAGAAGACAGCCCCCCCAAAAGCUACCAAGCAUGUCAAGAAAGUUACUAAAAAACCAACUGAAACAACUCCAGCACCAGCCCCAGUCACCACUACUCCAUCUGUUCCAGCAACCGCAACACCAGUCGCUGCCUCUACACCCAAAAAGCAAGGCAAGAAAGUAGCCUAAAAGCCAAAGGGUAAUAGUAAUAAAAAGGGACCAGCCAAGAAAAACACUAAAAAGGCCCCCAAGAAACAAGUUAAGAAAUGA